AUGUCAGGCUUAGCUCUUCCCACCGCAUCUUCCUCAUCUUCAUCGGCCAUCAACAAAGCAUCUGAACCACUGAGGGACGACGAGAGGUUAGAUGGUGAAGGUGAAGUGUUGAAUAGGGUACCGAACAAAGCUAUCUCGAGUGUACCGGAGAUAACCUCUGUGCAGGGUUUGGUACCGACUUUACAGAAUAUAGUCGCAACUGUAAAUUUGGAAUGUCGUUUGGAUCUAAAGACUAUAGCUUUACAUGCUAGAAAUGCGGAAUAUAAUCCAAAGCGUUUCGCCGCCGUCGUCAUGCGAAUCCGAGAUCCCAAAACGACCGCCCUAAUCUUCGCGUCGGGAAAGAUGGUAGUGACAGGUGCGAAAUCCGAGGAUGAUUCGAGAUUGGCUUCGAGGAAAUACGCGAGGAUAAUCCAGAAAUUGGGAUUCGAUGCGAAGUUCGCUGAAUUCAAGAUUCAGAAUAUCGUUGGGAGUUGUGAUGUAAAAUUUCCUAUCAGGUUGGAAGGGUUGGCUUUUAGUCAUGGUGCCUUCAGUAGUUAUGAGCCGGAGCUCUUUCCAGGUCUGAUCUACAGAAUGAUGAAACCCAAAGUCGUACUUUUAAUCUUCGUAUCUGGUAAAAUCGUCUUGACAGGUGCUAAAGUGAGAGAGGAGAUUUACAUGGCGUUUAAUCAGAUCUAUUCGGUGUUGGUCGAAUUCCGAAAAGAAGCAUAG